GGGAAUGGCGACCUCGCCCGCGCUAUCCAGGGGCCGCAAGACGCCAUCGCCGACGCACGACAACGAACCGCCCCUCGGCGACAUCAUCGUGCUCAAGGAGCCCGUCUAUCGGCUGCAAUGCGUGGAGGAGGAGGCGGCGCACGCCACGGAGAUGGGGGAUUACGACAAGGCUCUCUAUCUUCGAAUGCAGGGCGUGGCGCUCGCGAAAUUGUGCUUGGGGGAUCCGACGACGGUGCUGGUGGAGUCGGAGGAUUUGCUGGCCAAGGCGCACCUUAAUCUGAGCAGCACUUACCUUGAGAUGGUACCUUUCAUCUGAAAAUUCAUAAGAACAAAUAAUCCACUCCAUGCGAUCUUUCCAGACGUAUUCAGAUCAAGCUUGCUGGCAUGCACAGAAGGCAAUGGAGCUUUGUGAUCCCAGAAGAGGUGGCGAAUCAUCUAGCAAUCUGCUCGUUCUAGCUCUUCUCGGGCUUGCCAAAGGACUCUUACAAAAAGGAGAUCUCAAUUGCAUCAACUAUCUUCAAAGGGCGCUCGUUGUCAACCAAGAUCUUCAUGGAGAGGAGGAUGUUUCAAAUGCCGCGAUUCAUGAAGCUUACGGUGACUACUACAUUUACCAAGGAGACAGUAGAGAUGGAGGUCCCGCCAGGAAGUCGCCCCAACCGCGGGAUGAAUCCGGCGUGGUCAUGAGCGUCAUCGAUUACGAGCGCAAUGAGUUCGAGAAGGCCAUCGAGGAGUAUCACAAGGCAAGGGAGCUCGUCCAAAACGAUACUGAUGGUCCUCCAGUUCCUGCCGAAGAGCAACCUCCAAAGCUUUCUCUGGCGUCAAUCUUCACCAAGAUAGCCAGGACACGCGUGAAACAGACGAGGCACGAGGAUGCCGUCGAGUGCUACCAGAAAGCUCUUGCAAUCUACACUUCUUGCGCAUUUCCGAACGAGCCAGCAAUCGCACAACUUAACUACGAGCUUGGCUUCACGUAUCACAAAGUCAAGAAGUACGAAGAAGCCUUGAAAGUCCUCGAAAAGGCUGCACAGUUUUGCGAGCAACAGCACGACACGGGCGGAGAGCACCCGCUAACCUUGCAAGUUAUGAAGCAGCAAGGGAUCACCCUCUACGACAUGGGCGAUUUGCAGCCAGCGCUCCAGACGUUUGAGGAGCUUGUGCAAAUGCAGCGGACGCAGCACGGCGGUGGCAGCGUCAUCGUUGCCGAGACGCUCAAGUACUUGGGAGACGUAAGCAUCGCCAUGAAGAGCACGGGAGAAGCGUGCAGCUACUACAACCGCGCGCUGAAGAUCCUGCGCAAGAGGCUGGGAUCGCACGACGAGACGGUGAGGCAACUGGUGAGCUACAUCAAGCAACUCAACCUCGAGUCUGGAGGUGGCGGCGGCGGUGGAGGAGGAGGAACGCAGAGGCUGCAAGAGGCGUACAGGCCAGCCGGGCCUGCGAUUCCAGAGGGACCCGAAUAAAAAAAAAAAACGACUCUAGUAUAUUCUACAGCAAAACCUAUAGAUUAGGGCUCUUGCUACUGGAGUAUAUUCUGCGAAUAUUUACUGGUA